AUGCCUCUGCAGAGGGUUAGGAAACCAUCCGUCUCUCCACCUGGAGGUUUAUGUCUUUCCGACGCGACGUGCCGGAGCCGGCCUCUUUGA